UCUGGUGCCUGUGCGACAGUUAGCAGCCACAGUGAGGCGCAACCACAGUAGAGGAAGCCAGUGGACGACGACAAGGGAGCUAGCGGCCCUUUGGCUGAGCGUAUCUGGAUUUUGGGCGAAAGAAACAUAGGGUGCUAAAAUGACCAAAAAAGGACCGUGCACCCUGAGGUGUGUUGCUGAUGUGCCGCUGCUUUUUGUCCGCCCCGCAGGAGGCAACCAGCGCGAGCUUGCACGCCAGAAGGCUGCCAAGAAGCAGACCGAGCAGAGCAAAGGCAAGCGGAACGAGGACGGGCUUUCCGCCGCCGCCAGGAAACAACGGGAUGCAGAAAUCAUGCAACAGAAGCAGAAAAAAGCAAACGAAACGGGGAAAGCAGGCACGAAGUCCAAGUGAAAAAUGACACGGAAGAAGAAUUAAACUCUCUGUUUUUGAGAACAUCACUCGAUCAGCAUUCUUUCCUGAUAUUUAUAAGAACGGAUCUGUCAGUUUUGUCUAGACUCGAGAAUUCAGGAUCCACCAAAUCUACCUGAGGAUUGCUUGUCGGAGUUACUUUCCAUGGUUAAAUUAAACAAACAUAUGGGUUAAGCCCUAACGCCCCCGAAGCGGUGCUGCGUUCAGAGCACCAUCAGCGGCGUGAGCAGGAUGAAGUGGAGCAACUAUUGAUGUAAAAGCAUCUGUGUAACAGUUGUGUAUUUUUGUACAAAAAAAAGUGUCCCUUUCUGAUUUCAAAUAAAGUGUAUCUUUUUAGUUCAUGCUUA